GUGGACUCAUCUAAUAUGUCCUCAGGCCUGAACGAGUUCUUGAGCUAUGCAGAUAUACGCGCAGAGGUUGUUACUGGAUUGUCUCAAUAAUUUGAAGAGAGCGGCUCGAAGCGCUCACAGGAAAGUUUUCUGAAAGCGUGCUACCACGCUAUCUGGGAUCAAUUCCGGAACUCUGCCAAGCGAUAUGAAGACCGGAUCUCUCCACCAUUCCUCAAAUCUCGGGGCGACACCCGGGACCCAUCGCUGGAUUACUUCAACGAAAAUGACGACGGUCGGAAAUGGAAAGAUUUCAUGACAAAGGCAUUCUUCCAAUCGGAAACUAAACCUGAGGCGGACCUUGUCCUCGCGGCCAUACAACAUCCUUUCAUUGUCAAGGCCUUUUGUUGCGAUGUGAUGAGCCCGCGGAACGUACGGGAUGCCACGAAGCCGGAAAUCAGGGACGAGCUUGCGAAUGCAUUUGAAACCCCAUACCAGAACGAUGAGAUCAGGCAAGCGUUUAUCGAGCAUCUUGAAGCCCUAUCUGCCCAAUUUGAGAGCAGCAGUACGGUCGAAAGGUCGACUUACUACGCACGGUGUCUGAAUAUUAUCGCGUCUUCUGGACAGCGCAAGUCGCGACUGAUGAAAGAGGUUGGCUACGGUCGAGUCGGGUGCACCUCGCUCUCGACGACGGACGGACCGGUGUUCUGCAUACCGGUCAAUAUUAGACAGUCCGACUCGCCGGGAUGGCCACUAACAGACGGAGUUGUAUUGAGGUACUUGGAGACUUUGAAAGGGGAUGAGGCGAAGCAACAGUCAGUCAGGGCGCACUGGCGAGCAGCACUAUAUUUCAGAGGGAGACUAUGUGCCAAAGCUGAGGGUGUGGAAUGAGAUAGAGGGAAGAAAUCGAGAGUACCGCGAUCGGUUUUGGCGAAAUGUUGUGGAUAAGGCAGAGGCGGCCAAGAACAGCCCCCCUCGGGCUAACAAAGAGCAGAAGUCCACGGAUGGUGUUGUCCAGGUGGCUCACACAUGUCAAAAAGAGCUGAUGAAGCCCGCGACAGACGCCUUGGUCGAUUACCUGUCCAAGUUGCGCGGCGAUGGCGCAUCAGUGAUAAUCUACUUCGAUGAAGUUGCGGCGUUUCCAAACCUCUAUUGGAUCCUCUCACGGCUGCUCAGUCUUGGGAGGAAAGCAAGGUUGUGGCUCGUCUUCAUGGCCACCAACGCAAAACUAACAGACUACAUGCCGCCCCCGGCUAACAUAAACUCGGGUCGACUGAGCAAAGAGCUUGUCCAGCUACUCCCGCCGUACGGCUCUCUCGGAUUCGAUCAAUGGGCUCACAAAGCAGCCAGCAGCCGGACGAUGGGUGAAUUAAGUACGUGGACUCAUGCAUCCUAUUACGGCCGUCCAAUGUGGCAUGCUCACCUCCUGGCAAAUCCGUUGUAGAACCUUUUGCAGGAGGUGGGUUUCAAGUUGACUUGCAAUCAUCCCCAUCCGGAGCAGAACGAAGCAGCCACCUUUACAAUGUUCUCCGUCGUUAUCUGCCUUGAUCUCGUCCUUCACACUGCGGAGGCCGCUAAGACGGCAGACCUCACGGUGUCGAAUCAUCUGAGGUUAUUUGAUGGCAUACAACGGUACCCUGUCCUGGCAUAUCUCACCCACACCGCCUCGGAACCUGUUCUGGCGCUCGGUACUGCUCAUGUUCUCUUCGGAGAAAGAAGAUUAUCCAAGUCCUUGGACACGCUUGUUACGAGCCUACGCAGUGGGAACAUAAUCGCGAGAGGCGACAUUGGGGAGCUCGCAGCUAGGCUUCUGCUUCUAUGCCCAAGGAUUGCGGCUAGCGAGUAUGACUUUGAGAGCAAAGUACCGCUACCAAGCAUCACACUGCCCGUAUACUUGAAGGCGCUUCUAGGACCUGUGCUGGACGCCGACUUCGAAAAAGCAUUUGGAUCUACUUGGGUCAAUUUCCAUCACUGGAUUGUCAUGUCAGAACCUCUCCCAGAGGUCCUAGAUAUCAACACGUUAGCCAACUUAUGGGCCAGAGGGGCCGCGAUCCAGUGCUGUCACAAUCAAGCAUACGUGGAUAUCCUCUUCAUCACGUACCGGGGAUCGAAUGACCCCGACGCACUGUUUGACCCGGCCAAGCUUUCUGCCGUCCACGUGCAGGUGAAGCUCAAGGAUCAGCCGGACUCGUCCGCCUUGAGGCGGCUCCGGCCUAUUGGUCUGGCUAAGCAUCUUGCGGAAACAGGGAUGCCUUACUUGGUUAUCCUAUACACUUGAGAACGUGUCUUGAUCUCAAACUUGAUUGAUACUAUCUCCAAUAUCGAGGACUUUAUGGUCUUACUUGAUCUCUUGGGUGGAUCGACGGAGCAGCAUCUUGGAUUUUGUACUCUAUGCCCUAGCAAGGAAGACGGUACUCCUCCCACUCAUCCCCAAACUAUCAAUAUUGUCCCAACCCUAUGCUGGACCCAGUUCGGCGCUGCAUCAGAGACUCAAACUUGGACGAACACUGUGCAGAUCAAAGUCGACUCAUGCAUUGAAAGGCAGUAUUCUUUACAGGGCAAGGGUACCGUGGUGCAUGGCUGCACAGUACAGAAAUCGGAUAUUGGCUUUGACAUCUGUCUCAAGACCGUUUUUGACACACGUGAGCUGCGUAUGUAUGAUGGUUGUGAAAGAGUAUACGCCGCUCCCAAAAGAGCCAAGCAGUGACGAGGUCAAGGCCAUCCUAGGGCCCGUCUUCCGUUGCGUCGAUCAGAUGAGGGCUCGUGCAAAAAUCGCCAUUCGGGAUCUAUCGCUGAACAACAUCAAGUGUCUUAUUGGCACAGGGCCCUCGGGCAGCAUCGUGGACUGGGACUGGGGCGAAAAUCCUUCCCGAGGACAAGCAACCGGAACCAAAAGCAAAGCACUGGACUGGUACGGCAACAUAUAUGGCGAUAGAAUUGCUCGAGGUAUCAAUUGGCAAAACGUCCCCCGAAGGUAUGCCAUUCAAAGGACAUCAAUUACAAUACGACGACGAAAGCAAAUAUUGGGUGCUCGUCGAUCUCAUUUUCGUCGGCUGGUUACAGAAGUUGUUGUGCAUCCAAGGGAACGAAACUUGGGAGGGAAUUGCAGCCAAGAAGUUGAGCCAUCUUCGAGGCAUUGCAGCCACGUGGUCGACGAGCAUUCGGAAAGGAUGUGAAGGAGUACCAGUAUAGAAAGAAUGGGGCCUACCAAUGGCCUACCAUCUUCUCAAAUUCUAUGACGCGUCCGAAGCAUUACGACUCAAGAAACAACAUAUUGCACUUUUUGAAAUGGCGUUCCCAGCAGACCUCGAGCUUCCUUCCUUUCGAUCAGUGAAGCUGGAGAAACUCGGCAAUGAGAUCGCGUCGGCGACGACUGCAGAAUGCGCAAGACUUCGCAUGGAGUUAUCUACGGCGAUUACCAAGAUAUACCCUGCCUAGUCGUUUGUUUUUCAAGCAGUAUAGCACCGAUAUUGCCGGAAGCAGAUAGGGCAUAGACAGAGUCAUCCAGAAGUCUGAGAAUCCACACGAGGAUAAUUACCGGUUGAUAGUGUUUAAUGACAUGGUUUCAU